AUGUCUUGCUGGCGCGUCCUGAAGCUCUGCGAGCAACCAGAUAACCGGCAUGUACCCCAGCUACUUGUCAAGCCCGUCUUCUCUCCGGACUCGUACAUUGUGCAUCUUACGGAUUUGAGUAACGUGUGGUCUGAAGAGUUGAGUUUGGAUGAUAUCGUGGACCGAGCUUCGCAGGAGCAAUCGCCAAUCGAAGUAAGCAAACAGGACACAGCGCAGCUUGGUGUCCUUCUAGAAAACAUCGCAAAGCCUCUGGGCAAUGCAGACGAUGCACUCUGCCGGAUGACUCGUAACGGACAAGAUGGCAUCAUCUUGCAUGCGAGCAUCAUCCUUCCAGAGCCGCUCGGCCACUUGUCAUGGAAGUUUCAGAUGCAGAAGUGUACAUCAUCUACAGUCCUCAAGAACGAGCUCAUUCUCCCGCUGCUUGUAUCUUCGCACAUCCAAAAUGAACGAAUCGCUGGUCUCAUAAAAACAAUCACAAGCAAAGAUAAGGCAAUCAAUCGGCUGCUAGAUCAAUUUGAAUCCAGUAACCUGGGCUUAGCUGCCGCUUUCCCCGGUGCGGGUAGCAUGAAGACGGGAAGGCGGACGAUCAAACGUGAGCAAGCCGCAAAGCACGUUCCCGCUCUGAAGCCAUUUCAUGAGGCAGUGUGGAGGAAAGAGACUGGGCAGUUAGAAGACUCGGAACUAACUUCGCUGGGCUUGUUCCAGGAAGCGCUGGCUCAGAGCACCCCCGCUGUGCCACAACAGCUAAAGUCGGAUGACUUGGAAGUCUGCUGGUGGACCUCAGUGCCGACACAUUUGACUGUAUCGAAGGCUCCAGCAAAUGGCAAGACACGGAAGUCUACGGUGCUUUCUAACGUAAGGGAUGCUUCAGAGUCAACUGAAGAGGAGACAGAAGACGAGUUUGAUACUCAUGAGCAUUUCAAACCCAUGAAUGUCACGACAGCGCCGGGACAAAAACCUUCUUUAAACGGACACGAUGAGGACGAGAGCGACAGCACUGAAGAAGAGCUUGACCUUGAUACACCAGCAAUAAGCUGCAACACAACUCAAGUUCAAGAAUCUUUGCAAUCUCAAUACCGAAAAUCGCCCUCACCUGAACAUCUCCCCUCUUCUCCAACAAUUGCUUCAUCGGCGAAGAAGGCAAAUGUAGACAGUUUUCGAAUAGGAGGAGAGCGAAGGAGAAUAUCGUCCUCGCCCUCAUCAGGUACUCCAGAUGAAGAGGCCAGGUCUGAUGAUGUUUUGACCACGAGGGAAGCAGCUCCUGCAUCUCCCAAGCAAGCAGAUGUCGCCUCCACACCAAAGAAAUCCAAAAAGCAUUUUAGGAUUGGUGGGAAAGGAAGAGCUAGCCAGGACGGCGCUUCACAGUGCGACGCUACAAUUUCCCCGAGUAAAAUUCGCACGAGGGCUACGCAAUCGCCAACUGCAGAACCACCAUCAUCACCACUACCGCACAGUGUAACUAGAGAAAUGACGCCAGUCGAAGAGGAGGUUGAGGAAACACCAGAAGAGAAGGCAGAACGGCGGCGUGCUGAACUUAAGCGAAGGAAUGAUGAGGCAGCUAAAAAGCAGGCCCAGCAAAAGAAAAAGAAGAGGUUCUGA